UCUGUCGGUCACUUGACAUUGGCGUGGUCUGCUUUACGGCGGCCUGCCCCCCACCGUCUCACGAGAGACGGGGCCGAAAGGUCCUGGGCGAGCGAGAGAACGGACAAGGCGAAAGAGUGGUCUCGGAUACGCGGCACCCGAUCCUUCUCGAGAGGGAACCGCACACACUCUAUAAACACGACACACUUUCAUCCAAAAGACAAGGCACGGGGCGACGCCGAGGUUGCCUCCCUCUCUUUCUUUCUACGGAGAGUCUUCCGCCAGGGCAAAAGGCGGAAAUGUCGGUUACUUUUAUUCGAGCACGCGGGUGUCGACGCGGCGCUUCGAUGGCAUUCUGGUUGAUCCUGCCAGUAGUCAUAUGCUUGACUCAAAGAUUAAGCCAUGCACGUGGACGAGCGCAGUUAUUGGACCGAACGCACCCCGGCGUCAAACCCGGGGCUGUUGAGGUGACUCUGGAUAACCAUGCGGAUCGCACGGCCUUUGCGCUGGCGACAAUUCUUUCGAAUGUCUGCCCUAUCAGAGUCGAUGGUAGUCGAGAAGGACUACCAUGCUGA